GCCAAAGGUUCACGCUCGUGGUAGAGUUGUAGCUCAAAAGAUCCGGUAACCCCCCACGGUGGAGAUGUUCUUUCGGGGAUGACGGAAUUUUCCAUUUGUUGAUCUGCAGCCAGACUGACUGACCUCUUGAUCCUUUUGACAUAUUCCACUUAGAGUUCCGCUCACAUAUCAUUCGUCCUUUGACUGGAGUCGCGCUGGGGAAACUUGGGAAACAAUAACAACCAUGGCGACCAAGGUCGCGCAGAAACGACUCCAAAAGGAGUAUCUGUCGAUGCAAAAGUCUCCACCACCGUUCAUAUGGGCUUGUCCUGAGGAGAAGAACAUUCUGGAUUGGCACUUCAUCAUACGAGGACCACCUGACUCGCCGUAUGAAGGAGGCGAAUACCAUGGUCUCAUCUGGUUCCCUUCAGACUAUCCAUUCAAACCUCCAGAUGUCAAGCUGUUCACCCCGUCGGGAAGAUUCGACCCAGGUCACAAGAUCUGCAUGAGCAUGACAUCUUACCAUCCCAGCACAUGGAACGCAGCGUGGUCCGUCGCCACCAUCCUGACGGGUCUUCUCAGUUUCAUGUUAUCGGACGAAAUCACCGCCGGUGCCGCCAAGACGACCGUUGAGCAGAAGAAGGCUCUUGCCAAACAGUCUCACGCAUUCAAUCUGAAUAACAAAAAGUUCAGAGAAAUCUUCCCCACCUAUGCUACACCCGAAAUGACAGACCUUCCUGACAUGGGCAAGGCUCCAGGCUCGAGUUCCACGAAAGGCGUGAGCGCUCCUCAGCCCACACCGGAGACACCUCCGCCGCCACCACCACCCGUGGUGGUCAAUCACGCUCACGGUCGAUGGAUACCAAGCUGGCGAUGGAUAGUGGCCGUUGUGGUUCUCGCCAUCGUCGGAAGAUUAUCAACGUUUGCAGGUUUAUAGUUGUAUAUGCAUUUAGACUUGACGCCCA